ACUCAGAGAGCGAGGCGCGCCCGCGACCCGGCUCUUCCAUCCGACUCCACGCCGGCCUCGGAGAGCCCCGGCCGCUCCCCCUGCCGCUUCGCUCCGCUCGCGACCAGCCGCGCUCCUCGUCAAGGGAACUUGGGCAGGACUCCGACGGUACCGGCGCACGGGGCUGGACCAGAGCCCUGCGGCUAUGCCCGGUGCCCCCCUCCCUGACAGUCACUUGUCCUGCGUCCGGGCCCGGCCCCCGACGGCCGCGCGUUGAGAUGACUUUCCGCGAUCUACUGAGCGUCAGUUUCGAGGGACCCCGCCCGGACAGCAGCACCGCGGGUCCAAGUGCGGGCGGUGGUGGGGGCGGUGCGGGAGGCCCGGCCGCUUCGGAGGGCCCGGCGGUGGGCAGCGUGCCGGGGGCUGCGGGCGGCGGCGGCGUGGUAGGCGCGGGCAGUGGCGAGGACAACCGAAGCUCCGCCGGAGAGCCGGGGGCCGCGGGCGCGGGCGGCGAGGUGAACGGCACGGCGGCCGUCGGGGGUCUGGUGGUGAGCGCGCAGGGCGUGGGCGUGGGCGUCUUCCUGGCCGCCUUCAUCCUCCUGGCUGUGGUGGGCAACCUGCUUGUCAUCCUCUCGGUGGCCUGCAACCGCCACCUGCAGACAGUCACCAACUACUUCAUUGUGAACCUGGCCGUGGCCGACCUGCUGUUGAGCACCACGGUGCUGCCCUUCUCGGCCACAAUGGAGGUUCUGGGCUUCUGGGCCUUCGGCCGGGCCUUCUGCGACGUGUGGGCCGCCGUGGACGUGCUGUGCUGCACCGCCUCCAUCCUCAGCCUCUGCACCAUCUCAGUGGACCGGUACGUGGGCGUGCGCCAUUCCCUCAAGUACCCCGCGAUCAUGACCGAGCGCAAGGCGGCCGCCAUCCUGGCGAUGCUCUGGGCCGUAGCCCUCGUGGUGUCCGUGGGGCCGCUGCUGGGCUGGAAAGAGCCGGUGCCCCCUGAUGAGCGCUUCUGCAGCAUCACCGAGGAGGUGGGCUACGCCGUCUUCUCCUCCGUGUGCUCCUUCUACCUGCCCAUGGCCGUCAUCAUAGUCAUGUACUGCCGCGUGUACGUGGUAGCGCGCAGCACCACGCGUAGCCUCGAGGCAGGCGUCAAGCGGGAGCGGGGCAAGGCCUCCGACGUGGUGCUGCGCAUCCACUGUCGCGGCGCCACCUCAGGUACAGACGGGGCGCGCCAGGGGAUGCGCAGCGCCAAGGGCCACACCUUUCGCAGCUCGCUGUCGGUACGCCUGCUCAAGUUCUCCCGCGAGAAGAAGGCGGCCAAGACGCUGGCCAUCGUCGUGGGAGUCUUCGUGCUCUGCUGGUUCCCGUUCUUCUUCGUCCUGCCACUUGGUUCCCUGUUCCCGCAGCUGAAGCCCUCGGAAGGCGUCUUCAAGGUAAUCUUCUGGCUCGGCUACUUCAACAGCUGCGUAAACCCGCUCAUCUACCCCUGCUCCAGUCGCGAGUUCAAGCGCGCCUUCCUGCGUCUCCUGCGCUGCCAGUGCCGGCGUCGCCGGCGCCGGCGCCCCCUCUGGCGCGUCUACGGUCACCACUGGCGGGCCUCGACCAGCGGGCCACGCCCCGACUGCGUCCCCGGCCCGGGUGCCGCGCUCCCCGGAGCCCCCUUGGCCCUCACCGAGCUCUCAGCCUCAGACUCCCCAGGCAUGCCUGAGGUGCAGGCUCCCGCCGCCGGCUGCGGAAAGCAGCCCUGCGCUUUUCUCGAGUGGAGGCUGCCUGGGCCCUUCCGGAGACCCACCACCCAUCUGCGAGCGAAAGUCUCCAGCCUGUCGCACAAGAUCCGCGCCGGGAGCGCUCCACGCACUGAGGCCACGAGCGCCCUGCGCUCGGAGGUGGAGGCUGUGUCCCUUGGCGUCCCCCACGAUGGCGCGGAGGGCGCCACCUGUCAGGCCUACGAACUGGCAGACGACAGCAACCUCCGGGAGACUGAUAUUUAAGGCAUCCCCCAGCUAGGCCGGGGGUUGGGGUGUGCUGGCGAGGCGGACAAGCUGGGGUGAGGGCGAGGAUGUGGGGAGGGAGGCUGGCUGUUUUCAAGACCCAUGAAGGUCAGGGACUCAAAACUGAGGCGGGGGUGGUGCCCUGGAAGGGUAGAAUUUUAUGGGCCCUACGUGGCUACAGUUGCCCAAGCUCCUCCUUUCAGAAGGAGCGGUUGUGGAGCCCGCGGAGCCAUUUGCUCCAAAUCUGUCUGAGAAACACUGCCCCACUCAUGCCUUGAACCCUGGACAGACAGCCGCAAGUGUGGCCAGGCAGGCCGGUCCCUCCCUUCGGGAGAAAGGGGCGCGGAGGCCCAGCACGGCUGCGCCACUUGCCUCCCUAGGGAAAAGUCAUUGGGACCAGGACUGUUCAAUGAACACCGUUUCGCCUAACUGCCAACGGGAGGAACCUUGAGGACCUGUCACAGCCACCCGCAGCUUUGGUGGCCGAUUGGACGGUGUUUUACAUGCCUGUUGAAUUUACCCGUGGACCCACUCUCCCCUGGCGGAACUCCAUGCGCACCGCUUCACCUGGCCCUGCCCCUCAUUACGACGUCCCCAAGGGCCUUACUGUUUACACUCUGUACAUGGCUCGUUGUGCCUGUGCCCGUCACCUCUCGCUGGGAUCCGGAGCCGUCAAAUGGGGAGAAAUUUAUUUGUCAUUUUGAGACAUAUUUAUUGGUAAGAGUACUUCUAUUUUGUCCAAACUGUGCAAACUGUCCCUCUUUAGCUUACAACCUAUAAAGAACUACUUUUUUUUUUUCUAAAAUCUUUCAAAUACUAAAG